CGUCUCUUCUUUGGUCUGCUGCCAUGUUUGUACGCGUCGCAGUUGUGUUGGUGAUAACGGUGGUGGUCGUGCAUUGCGGCCCUGCUCAGCUGCUGGACCGCCAGGCCGAGCUGGACGGCAUCCGUGCGGCUGUGGAGGACCUGAAGACCGAUAGACGAGCCAUGAUGCAGCGUCUGGAAAGGGCCGAGAGGGAACUGAACGCAGUCCAAGAAACUCCAAAGGUUGCCUUUGCUGCCUCCCUGGGCGGAAACGGCAUCCAGAAGACGACGUCCGGAAACCGAGAUCUGAUCUACAGGGAUGUCCUGACCAACGUCGGCGGGGCUUAUAACGCAGAGACGGGCACGUUCACUGCGCCCAUUCGUGGCGUCUACUAUGUCCGAUUCACUGCCAAUGCGCCCACUGACUUCACCAUGAGUGCUGUGAUGUACAAGAACGACGUCGAGAUCCAGCUCAUCGCUCACGAGCAGCCAUCCGGCCAGGGCAGCGACACGGCAUCCAACGGCGCUGCCCUGCUGCUGGAGAAGGGUGACAAGCUGAAGAUGAUGCUGUGGCACAACACACAGAUCUGGGACAACAGCAACCACCACAGCACCUUCAGCGGAUUUCUAAUUUUCCCACUGAUUGAUGAAGCUCCGAUGGCGUUUGACAUCGAGUCAGAGAUGAAAAGUCUUCAGGCUUCAAUGACACAGCUCCAAACAGAGAACACAGAACUCAAAGAACGAUUGGAGAGCACCGAGAUGGAGAUGAAGAAGAUGAGAGAUGUACCAAAGGUGGCGUUUGCGGCAUCUCUAGGCGGCAACGGCCUCCAGAAGACCACGUCUGGAAUGAAGAAGCUCCUCUUCAAGGACGUCCUCACCAACGUCGGUGAGGCGUACGACCCGGAGACAGGAUAUUUCACGGCACCCGUACGCGGCGUUUACUACGUCCGAUUCACCGCCAACGCGCCUACCAACUUCCCCAUGAGCGCCGUGUUGUAUAAGAACGACUUAAAUGUGGAGCUCAUCGCCCACGAGCAGCCAUCAGGCGAGGGCAGCGACACGGCAUCCAACGGCGCCACACUGCUGCUGGAGAAGGGCGACAAUCUCUCCCUGUAUUUGUGGCACGACACUCAGAUCUGGGACAACAGCAACCACCACAGCACCUUCAGCGGAUUCCUGCUCUUUCCCCAGUGAUUGCCGUGCCAGGCCUCCUUCACACACUCACUAAAAAUUCAAUAAAAAUCCAUAAAAGUUGA